AUGCUCGCUCGCCACCGCGCAAAAGACGAUCCCAGCAACGCCAACACUUCCACCCCAGACGGUAAACGAAGCUGGUUCUCACUUGGCUACAAAGAGGGCUUCAAUCAAUGGUGGGCCAACUUGUCACCCGCCCAGACCGAGCACCGCGUCCUCUCCUUCGUCCCGCAUCUUCAGAAACCCCCGACUCACACUCAGACUGGAUCCGCGCCACCGAGCCUCAAGGGCAGCACAACAGAUGUGAAUGGGCAGAUUGUUGAUGGAGACAACGUCGUGGACACCAGGCGAUCCAAAGAGGCGGCGCCCGUGCGGACGAGCAGUUUGAACGAUCCCUGGGGUCCUAGACAGUGGCACAGCAAACUUGUGCCGCUCGACAAUUCCGAACCCAAUAAAGGAAAGGGCAGAUUCCUCAACGAGUUCUCCGUCGAGAGAAUGGGAGAGGAAACGACAAAUUCCCUCGUCAUGCUGCAUGGGUAUGGAGCCGGGCUGGGCUUCUUCUACAAGAACUUCGACGCGCUGUCGCGCCGGCCGCACUGGAAAUUAUACGCCUUGGAUCUCCUAGGGAUGGGAAGGAGUUCGCGACCACCGUUUCGCAUUAAUGCAAAAGAUCGGGAAGGCAAGGUGCGAGAAGCGGAGAACUGGUUUGUGGAUGCGCUGGAGGAGUGGCGGAUCAAGCGCGGGAUUGACAAAAUGACGCUGCUGGGCCACAGUCUCGGCGGGUACAUGGCCGUCUGCUACGCGCUAAAAUAUCCCGGCCACCUGAACAAACUCAUCCUCGCUUCGCCCGUGGGGUUCCCCGAAGACCCAUACGCAGUGAGCGAAGCCCUACCCGAGCCAACCGACGGUACAGUCCAAAACGAAGUCCUCCAAUCCUCCAAUGAGACAACAGCAGCAACGAGCAACGCCAAACCACCUCCAAGACGCCUACCCAAAUGGGUCAGCACGCUGUGGGACGCCAACUUCUCCCCUUUCACCUUCGUCCGUCUCGCCGGCCCUCUCGGGCCUCGCCUCGUCUCAGGCUGGACAACACGUCGCUUCGGCCAUCUACCGCCGGAAGAAGCGCAGGCACUGCACGACUACUCCUACUCCCUCUUCCGCCAGCGCGGCAGCGGCGAGUACGCGCUGACUUAUGUGCUUGCACCCGGCGCUUUCGCGCGCAGCCCACUCAUUCGCAGAAUCCAAGGCGUGGGACGACAAUUCCUCGAACCGAAACCCACGCCUACACCCGACAACGCCGCAUCGUCUCCUCCAUCCACCCAAACUCCUACUACUACUUCCGCAUCACCGCAAACCGCUUCUCCCCGUGAAACAGGCAUCCCCGUAGUGUUCAUCUACGGCGACCACGACUGGAUGGAUCCCGCGGGUGGGCGCGCAAGUCUAGAGAAGAUCGCGGCGGAGAAGCACAAGGCUUUGCUCAACGCUACGACGCGCGAGAAGGCGCUCGAGAAUGGGGAUGCGCGGGUGGAAAUUGUGAAGAAUGCGGGGCAUCAUGUGUAUCUUGAUGGCUGGGAGGAGUUUAAUCAGUUGAUGGAGAGGGAGAUGCAGGAUGUGGAGAAGAGGCAGCGGAGGUUGGAGGGGGCGAAGGGGGAGUGA